AUGUCGACCUGUGUAAGCCUGUUUCACCAUGUGAGGUACGGCACUGACCCAUGGGUGAACAGAGACAAACACAAGAGGAUAUUCCUACGACAGCAUGUAUCAUUAACUGGUCACGGAGCCCCUUCCUUCACGGCUGCUGUUGAGAAACUGACACUGCUAACACAAGACUUUGACCGCUUCUUGGAGCCGAAGGCAUGGACUGGAUGGACACCUACCAUAGAAGACAAGUGCUGUACAUUGGAUGCUAAUAAUUGGUUCUACACCCUUGCAAGGAGUGUGCCUGGGGCGGUGGACAUCACAUUCGUGAAAACAACAGAUCCAAGAGGUUAUUUGGAGAGAGCCAAAGACAACGACUUCAUCCAUACUGCCGAUAAUGUUGUGGAGUACUACCAGUACGACAAAGGAAAAAAUCUGUAUUUAGAAGUUGAUCCCCGCACUUUUGUAAAUGGCGAUAUUGUCGAAGCCCACUUGUCGUUUCUGAUGGUGAAAUUAUCCACAAAACGUCAGGAUGACGCUACGGACACCUCGUCCCUCGGGAAAUAUUGA